GCUGUCAAAUGCUGCCACUUUCUCCGCUGGUCGCGGCUCCUCCGCUGCUGAUUUUCCUCUGAACUCCGAGCCGGUGGCGGUGUGAGGGAGAGCAGCUGCCUGAAUCCGGGACUUCUCCAGGUGGCCGGAAGACUGGGACCCCCCUCCAGCAGCAGCACAGGUGGUCAGAGACCAGCUGGGUCUAUUCUGAAGUCUGCUGGAUCUGAUCAAUCCGAACAGGAUGGAAAUGAUAAAAACAAAUGGGAUUAAAAAAGGAGUCAAUGUGGGAGAACUCAGCAUGGAGGACGACCCGGAGCAGCCUCCGUCUCUCUCCCAGCUGCUGAGGGUGAGCUACGAGGCCCGAGCCCAGCACCGCCACGACGAGACGAGCCGCUCCGACGCUCCGUCCUCCCGCCUCCAGAUUUACGGCUCUCUGAAAGCCAAAGGCGACGAAACCGUGGGCCACAACGACGCCCAGUUCCCAGACCUGUCAGCCUUCCUCAGCCAGGAGGAGCUGGAUAAGAGUGUGAACUUGGCCUGCCAGGCCAUCGGACACGAGACCCGAGACGAGAAAGGCGACGUAAAGGCCGCUGUGACGUCAGGAACCGCCGCCAUAAGUGACGCCACCAACCACCUCUCCCAAAACACAGUUUCUUUAUCCGCCGUUGCUCCGGUGUCAAACCACUUACUUGCGUCUUCAUCCGCCAGGUUCACAGCUGACAGGAAGACGCACAGCAGGCAGAGGCAAGACAACAUGAUGAGGGACAGUGUGGACGCUAGCGAAGGACUCAACGACACCAACAGUCUGGCAAAAAGCUCCCUGUACGGUCCGGAGACCCAGUCCAAGAAGGAGUUCCUCAACAAGGCGGCGGACUUCAUCGAGGAACUGUCUUCCCUCUUCAAGGCCAACAGCUCCAAGCGGGUCCGACCGAGAGCUUGCAAGGCCCACCGGACCAGGAUCCAGAGCAAAACCCAAACGGACGAUGCAGUUUACCCCAUCAGCCCUGACAACAGGGAGCGCGCUGCCAUGCCUGUGGAGGGGGAGCAGGAAACACCCGGCCCGGCGGCGGCCCGGCAGGACCCGGGGAGCGGGCGAUUGGAGUUUCAGAACUGCACGGUUCCUAAAGAGGAGCAGUUUGACUGCGUUUCUCAGGAAAUGGAGGAUCUGGACGAAAGCCUGGCGCCGAAAGAGAGUCCGAAUCACACGGAGCCGGCGUGUGAACCUCCACAUUUCAUCCUGAAGCUGAAGAGCAGGGAGGUUCCUGAAGGCACCAAGGUCCAGCUGGACUGCAUCGUGAGGGGACAUCCUGUCCCUGAAGUCCGGUGGUUCUGCGAGGGAAAAGAGCUGGAAAACAGCCCUGACAUUCAGAUCAUCACCAGCGGCGAGCUUCACUCUCUGGUCAUAGCAGAGGCGUUUGAGGAAGACACCGGCCGAUAUUCCUGCUUCGCUUCCAACGUCUACGGGACGGACUCUACGUCGGCUGAGAUCUAUGUUGAAGGUGCUUCCUCUUCAGACUCUGAGGCUGAACAGCGAUUUGAUCAUGUAGCCCAGUUGCAGCGGAAACCAAAGUCAUCUCCAUCUUUCCCUCAGUCGUCAAACCAAACUCGGCCUGUGAAGGAGGACGACUCGGCAUCGUCUCCGCUCGCAGCAGCCGCAGUGGAACCGGAGGAGGAUUUGACCCAAACUGCUCCAGAAGCUCCUCUACCCGUCCGGACAUCUGCCACCAUACUGCAAGUCCCAGAGCUCGCCAGAGUGACCCUGGUUCCUCCUGCUGGGGAGGAGCAAAGAGUGCUACCUGUGCAGGUGUUUCCCACUUCAGCAGAACUAACAGAAACUGAAAACGCAUCAACAUUGGCUUUAAGUCCAGCUGGGUCGUCCAUACUGUCCACUGCAGAACAAACGCCGCAACUUCAGACUCCAACCUUCAGCCAGCACUACUCAGAAGAAAGAAGCGGGCCGCCCGUCAUGGCCGCCCCGGUGUUCACGGAGAGCCUACAGGAGCUGAGUGCGUCAGAAGGCCAGCUGGUGGUGCUGGAGUGCCGGGUGAAAGGAGUCCCGGCUCCGCGGGUCGACUGGUUCAGAGACGGAAAACUCAUAGAGGACUCCCCUGAUUUCAGGAUCCUACAGAAAAAGCCCAGAUCUCCAGCAGAACCAGAGGAAAUCUGCACGCUGGUUAUAGCUGAGGUUUUUCCAGAGGACUCAGGGAUGUUUACUUGCACAGCCAACAACAAUUAUGGAACCGUUUCCAGCUCUGCUGCUCUGAGGGUCAAAGCUAACAGCAACAACAGCAGCCAUGCGAGGCCUUUCAGCGGAUUACUGACAGAGUCCCGCCGAGACCAGGGCUUCACCCCGUCGGCUCCGGCUGUGACCUCCCACCCAGAGGUCACGGUGAGCAGCAGCAUCCGCCUCGAGCCGCUGGUUUCCAGCACGUUACGCCUCGACCCAUUAAAUACCAGCACCCUCCGUCUGGAGCCCUCUGUCCUGAACUUGGACGGCGUCUCGGGGUCCAGUGGUCCACGUGUCGAUCUCCAGAACCCCAGGCAGAUUUUCUCCAGUCAAAGGCCUUUCACUGUGUCUCCUGCGGCGGCGAAUACGCCUGAGCAGAAAGCGUCCAGACCGUCGGAUAGACAUGCCAAGGCAGCCCCAAACCGGCCAAACGGCGGCAGCGGCGUGGUUCCCCUGCCUGACCCUCCGCCUAACUCCUGCCUGAAAACAGGAACCCUGACGAACCACAGAGACUCCCGAGCCGGCGCUAGAGUCGGCCUGCGCGUCCACUUCAAACUCCCCGAGGAUGAGGAGGAUGAAGAACAAGGCGACUACGACGAAGACCUCAGUCUGGCAUUAUCCGGCAAAGAGCCGCCGCCAGUGCUGGCCAAGCCCAAACUGGACCCGGCUCAGCUUCAGCUUCUGCACAACCAGGUCCUCAUGGAGCAGCAGCAGGAGAGCGAACCUCAGACCAAACCCCACACCCAUCACCGGCCCCACCACCCAUUCCAGACCCAGCUCCCCUCUGAGGUCCAAAGUCCCUCUGAGGGUCCUCUAUGGUCUCCCAGAAUUCACCGUGAACCUCAGAUUCCUCCCCUGAGCGCCACCAAACCUCCAGCUCCUUCGUUCAGCUCCGCCCCAGCCCUCAGCGCUGCCUCCUGGACUCCUCCUGCUACUCCUCACCUCAACAUGUCCCCCCUGGUGACCAGUCCGACCAACACCAUCCACGCCUCCCAUCUGAACCUUUCCCCCGCAGCUCUGAGCAGAGCCGGACCCAAACCCCAGUUCAGUUCUCCGCCGGCUCCAAAGCUCAGCGCCGCUCCACCAGACUCAUCCGUUCUGCAGUUCAUGUCCCCGACUCCUCAGCUCCGGAGCACUCACGCCUCCCUGAUGAACCUGACCGCCGUGUCCUUCAGCUACACCCGGCCCAAGGAGUUCAUCGCCGCUCAGACCCUCUCGCCCAUCAGGAGUCUGUCACCGACAGAAUCGCCGGUUCCGCUGCUGCAGGAGCUGGCCGCCGAGCUCAAUUCGUCGGCGGCCAGCUCCCCGACCCCACCGCCGUUCUCCCCGCCGCUCACGUUCACCCCCACCAGGGUUCUCAAGUCGCCCACCAGUCCUCCGUCCCUGUUGUCGUCUCCCACGUUCCUGAACAGCGGUCUGGGCUUACGGGCCCAGUCGCCGCCGCAGGCGUCCUCCCCGACCUCCAGCAGCUCCUCGCCCAGCCCCAUCCAGAACCCGGUGGCCUUCCUGAGCUCCGUCCUGCCGUCACUGAGCCCGAGUCAGCCCACCAACUCCAUGGGGCUUCCCAAAGGAGCUCCGUCAGGGGUCAAAAAGAAAACUCCCAAGACUCGCCUGCCGUCAGCUGAAAACAUCAGUGAGAGCAAAGAGCUUCUCCUCCAGGACAUGGAGAAGACACUUCGGUUAAAAAGCGAUGCUCCUCAGUUUGCACAUCAGCAGAAGCUGAGUGUUAAGGGGAAAACAGCGAGCAGACUCCUUGGACCAAACAAUGCUGCUACUGUCAUUAACUAUGAUGAGGAGUACAAAGUGUCCAACUUUGAGCAGCGGCUAAUGAGUGAAAUCGAGUUUCGCUUGGAGCGAACGCCGGUGGAGGAGUCGGACGACGAGGUUCAGCACGACGACAUCCCGACGGGGAAAUGCAUCGCCCCGGUUUUUGACAAGAAGCUGAAGAACUACAAGGCGAUGGAAGGCGUUCCCGUCACCUUCACCUGUAAAGUUCUGGGCGUCCCGUCUCCAAAGGUCUACUGGUUCAAGGACGGCAAGCAGAUCCUGAAGAAGAACACCCAGUACCAGAAGCUGAGGGAAGGUGACGGGACCUGCUGCCUGCACAUCGAGUCCACCGCCGCUGACGACGACGGAAACUACACCGUCAUGGCCGCCAACCCGCAGGGACGAAUCAGCUGCUCGGGACAUUUGAUUGUCCAAUCUGGACCACCGCGAAGCCGGCUGACGCCUAUUCAGUCUCAGAGGGUUCGCACUCGCAUCCAGGAGGUGGAAGGCGAACAAACCCAGGAGCGUUUCUUCCGACCUCACUUCCUCCUGGCUCCCGGAGACAUGAUGGCUCACGAGGGCCGACUCUGCAGACUCGACUGCAAAGUCAGUGGGCUCCCCAGCCCUGAGCUGAUGUGGCUGGUCAACGGGAGGCCCAUCUAUCCAGACCUCAACCACAAGAUGCUGGUGCGGGAGAACGGAGUCCAUUCCCUGGUCAUCGACCCGCUGACGCAGAACGACGCGGGAACGCAUACGUGUAUCGCGAGCAACAAGGCAGGACAGAGCUCCUUCAGCCUGGAGCUGAAAGUCGUUGAGAAAGAAAUGAAGCACCCGCCGCAGUUCGUGGAGAAGCUGCAGAACAUGGGUAUUCCUGAGGGGGCGCCGGUGAGGCUGGAGUGCCGCGUGGCGGGAAUGCCGCCUCCAGCCAUCUUCUGGAAGAAAGACAAUGAAACUAUUUCAAAAACGAAGAGCAGAAUCAGCAUGACGCAGGACUCCACAGGAUAUGUCUGCCUUCUUAUUCAUCCAACAACAAAAGAUGAUGCUGGCUGGUACACUGUGUCAGCUAAAAACGAUGCUGGAGUUGUAUCUUGCACCUGCAGACUUGAUAUCUAUGCACAGUGGCAUCAGAGUAUCCCAGCACCAAUGAGGAAAGCUCCGCGAGCGAGCAGCCGCUACGCCGCUCUGACAGGCCAGGGGUUUGACAUUAAGUCGGCCUUUUCCACGUCAGACACCAGCCCCGUCCUGUUCGCCAGCUCGCCUCCGGAGGCCACCCUGGAGAGCGACGAGCUGUGACGGAUGCGUCCGCCGUGUUCUGUGACCGCCAGGUCCAAACACGAUGAGGCUAACGGGGAAAAACACUAACAGAGCAGAUUUUGUGUGGCACAUUUUUGAAGUGUUGCAUUCAGAUUACAGCAGCAAUCAGCACUGAAAAGCUGCGUUUCCAUUACAAAUGUGCAGAAAACUUUGUUGAUGUUCCGCUAAAGUAAAAAACAACAACAUGAUUUUGCGAUUGAGGCGUCUCCAUUAAAGGGGCAGUAUUAUGUUUUCCUCUCACAUAACGCCAUUUUAUAGCACAAUCAAGUAAUCUUCAAGUAUCUUAUCUUCAGUUGUUAUGCU